AAGAAAAGAACACUACACCGCCAGCACAUAAUGAUAUUGAAUGAUGAGUACGAUAUGGGAUUGUGGGGGAAGUCUGGGGUACGACGGGAGAGAGAGAAACAUGGGCGAGGAGGAUCUUCAGUGGGAUAUCAGGUGAGAGAUGUGAUACCAAGCCGUGGAGAUACUGUACUCCAUACAUGGACGAGGACGGAGCACUCAGUGUCCCCGUCACCUACCUGCUCUGCGACACUUCUGUCUCCCCUCUAUAACCUGUAUUUGACCGCGUUUACGCCGCGGAUACCACACCGGAAGUGGCAACCCACGUCGUUCAUUCGAUAUCGCCAGACAUCUUGUUUAUGCACCACGGGUCGAUGAGGGGUUACCUACCGCUACCAUUCAAGCUCUAACUCCCGCACCGUGAGGAUGUGUGUCUUACCUGCUCCUUCUUACCCAAACCUCAAACAAGUCCCCGCGAAUACACGUCGUGCACCCCAUCCAAUGCACGCACAACACCCGUUGACCCUGCUUACCCCUCCCUGGUCCCUUCCUAUCCUUCGCUUCCAUGCCCUCCCCCGCGACUUCCCUAUGCGGUGCUCUGCUGCUUGUAUAAAUGAUGAUUUCCCCGCCCGCCCCAGGCAGGCAAUGGGAUCUGUCAUACCUCCUGCGUAUUCCCAUUGACUUCUCACUUUCUCCCCAAUUACAAAGAUAAAUCUCUCCUGUUCUGGAAAAUACAGCAAAUCACCAUGGGUCUCGCUCUGAAGAAGCCGAAAGACGUGCCCGGCCGCUCGUGGCCUGCCAUUGUCAUUGGUUUCUUCGUUGCCUUUGGUGGUAUUCUCUUCGGAUAUGAUACAGGUACGAUUUCUGGCAUCAUUGCCAUGGACUACUGGAAAGCGCUCUUCACCGACGGCACGCGCGAUGCGAAUGGUGAUCCCGACAUCUCCGCCUCGAACACCGCGGCAAUCGUCUCUAUCCUGUCUGCCGGUACCUUCUUCGGCUCGCUAUCCGCAGCACCAUUCGCCGAUUUCCUCGGUCGUCGAUUGGCGCUCGUAGGCGCUGCUAUAGUCUUCUCCUUUGGCGUUAUUCUGCAGACUGCCGCUACGGCGAUUCCACUCUUCUUGGCUGGACGCUUCUUUGCUGGUUUUGGUGUAGGGCUGGUUUCUGCUUUGAUUCCACUAUAUCAGUCUGAGACGGCACCGAAAUGGAUCCGUGGUGUUAUCGUAGGGGCAUAUCAACUGGCCAUCACCAUUGGGCUUCUCAUAGCUGCCGUCGUGGACAAUGCUACGUCGAAACGCAAUGACACUGGCUCAUACAGAAUCCCGAUCGCCGUUCAGUUUGCCUAUGCAAUUAUCCUCGGGAGCGGCAUGCUCUUCCUCCCCGAAACCCCCCGUUACCUCGUCAAACGCACUCGGCAUGACAAGGCUGCGCGCUCCCUCGGCCGCCUCAGACGACUCAAUGUUGACCAUCCAGCCAUCGUGCAGGAGCUGAACGAGAUCGAGGCAAACCACAAGUACGAGCUACAUCUGGGCAAGGCGACCUACUUCGACUGCUUCCGUGGCAACAUCGGCAAGCGACUUUUGACCGGUUGCUUGCUGCAAGCGCUGCAGCAGCUUACUGGUGUUAAUUUCAUUUUCUAUUACGGAACUCAAUACUUUAAAAACUCCGGAAUCACCAACCCCUUCGUCAUUCAAAUGAUCACCAGCGCCGUCAAUGUCGCCUCCACCCUCCCUGGUCUCUACGCCAUCGACAAGAUCGGCCGCCGCCCGCUCUUGCUCUGGGGCGCCGUCGGCAUGGCCGUCAGCCAGCUCCUCGUCGCCGUCCUAGGCACAACCACCACCUCCCAAGACGCCGCGGGCAACAUUAUUGUCCAUAAUGUUGCAGCGCAGAAGGCGGGGAUUGCAUUCAUCUGCAUUUUCAUCUUCUUUUUCGCAGCCACUUGGGGCCCGAUUGCAUGGGUGGUUACGGGCGAGAUUUUCCCGCUCAAGGUCCGCGCGAAGUGUCUAAGUAUGACCACGGCUACGAAUUGGCUCUUCAACUGGGCCAUCGCCUAUUCAACCCCCUACCUCGUGAAAUGGGGUCCCGGAAACGCAAAUCUCCAGUCCAAAAUCUUCUUCAUCUGGUUCGGCUGCUGCUUCCUCUGUAUCGCCUUCGUCUACUUCUUCAUUUACGAGACGAAGGGACUCACGCUCGAGCAAAUCGAUGAGCUGUAUGAUGAGGUUAGUGUUGCGAGGAAGUCGGUGGGAUGGGUGCCGACUAAAACUUUUGCGGACAAAUCGGGGAAGGAGGGGGCGGAGGAGGUGGAGGGGGGGGUGUUGGAGACAGGAGAGACGGGAGAGCCGGUUAGUGGGGACGCGGGGAUGGUGGGGGGGAAGUCGGAGUGA